AUGGCGUGGGGUGUUCUCUUUUAUUAUAACCUGAAAACUAGGUGGUUUUACUCCUCCUUCGUCUUGACACCAUGUCAAGUCCUGUCGGGAAGAGCAGCCACUUGCAGUCCUGGUGGAGGCGUGUUGCAAAUCUUGCUGAGUAUAACAGAGGAUUUCCUGGCAACAUACCAUGCCAACUACGGCUUCCACACAGAUGAUACAGACAGUUCCUCUGCUGCAGGCACAGCAACUGAAAGUAAGCAGCCUGUGAGUUCCAAGGCAGCAGGAGCACACCCAGCAGCAGAAGAGAAAGGACCACAAAAACCAGAUCCCAAACAAAAAGCAGAAAAACGGAAGAUUGAGCCAGGUUGGUUUCAUGUUGAAGACGACAGAAACACAAAUGUUUAUGUGACUGGUUUGCCUCCAGACAUUACGAAAGAUGAAUUUGUCCAAGUCAUGUCAAAGUGUGGUAUCAUUAUGCGAGAUCCGCAGACAGAAGAACACAAAAUCAAACUGUACAAAGAUAAGGAAGGAAAUCUGAAAGGAGAUGGACUCUGUUGCUAUCUAAAGAGAGAAUCGGUUCAACUUGCUUUGAGGCUUCUGGAUGAGGCAGAAAUUCGAGGCUAUAAACUGCAUGUUGAAGUUGCAAAGUUUCAACUGAAGGGGGAGUAUGAUGCCAGCAAGAAAAAGAAGAAAUGUAAAGACUACAAGAAGAAGUUGUCUCAGCAGCAGAAACAGCUGGAUUGGAGGCCUGAGAAGAAAGAUGGGGAAACUCGAAUGCGACACGAACGCAUCAUUAUUAUCAGGAAUAUGUUUCAUCCAAAGGACUUUGAGGAGGAUCCCUUAGUGCUCAAUGAGAUCAGAGAAGAUCUGCGGACAGAAUGUGAGAAGUUUGGUCAAGUGAAGAAGGUUCUUAUAUUUGAUCGACACCCUGAUGGCGUGGCUUCUGUGUCAUUUAAAGAAGCAACAGAGGCUGAUGUGUGCAAGCUGACUCUGAAUGGAAGGUGGUUUGGUGGACGUCAGCUCAGUGCUGAAACCUGGGAUGGUGUAACGGAUUAUCAGGUGGAGGAGACUGCAAGAGAAAGGGAAGAAAGGCUGAAGGUGUGGGGAUCGUUUCUAGAGGAUCCUGAUGGAAAGGAGCAGCAACCUGCAUCUGAUUCAGAUUCAGCAGCAAAUAGUGUCAAACUGCCUGAAGGCAGGAAACCCUCACAGGUUAAUGACACAUCUAAGAAGGAUGGAAAUGAGGCCCAUGAGAGGGAGAAUAAUGGUGAGGGCAUUAAUGAAGAUGGUGCUCCAUCCACAGACAGCAGCCUUGCAGGCAGUGAUGGUGAAGCUGACACAUAACGUCAUUCAUGCUGUAGGAAAGCAUGGGGUUUAGGGUGAUGUUUGAGUUGAUCCCUUCCUUCUGGGUGACUGCAGACAGUGUUCAUAGGAAUAUAUGCAUAUUAGAAUGUCAUCAACUGUGUGCUUUGAAGUUUUCAUUAAAAGCAGUACUUAAUGAUGUUCUAAAAGUUUGUAUUAAUUGGCUGUUCAGGUAAAGUUACUCAAUUUGCCAAGAAUGCAGUAAAACUCAUCAGGCUUCUUUUGUUCUAACUAUGCUUGUCAGUGUUUCAUUAUGUAAGUGUGAAGUAUGUUCCAACCUGUAAGUUUAUGUAACUAUAUGUAACUUU